CCACCAGGUCCAUUUCCAUUACCAUUGUUAGGAAAUGUUUUAAUGUUUCGUAAUUAUAAAAAACACUGGAAUCUAGAGAUAACAAAACUAUACAAAAUAUACGGUCCGGUUAUUACCGUAUGGAUCGGUCCGAAACCGUUUGUCUUUAUCGGUAGUGUAGAGGUCAGGGAUGUAUUCAAUAAAAGUGAACUAUGUGGACGACCAUCAUCUCAAUUGGGUAGUAUAUUUUGCAAUGAUAAACAUCAAGAUAUUGCAUUCAAUGAUUACGGUAGAUGUUGGGAAAGCCUACGUAAGGUAUCGCAUGCAACCAUUAGAAAAUUUGCCCGAACCAAUCAAUUGGAACAGUUAUGCGACCAAUUUGUUACUAAUACUAUUGAUCUGAUUAAGGAAAGGGAGGGAUUGGAUAAGCCGUUUGAUCCGCGUAUCUAUAUUUAUAAUUUGUUGGCAAAUAUAAUUGGUGCCACAAUUUUCAGUGAAAAUUUUAAUAUAGAAGAUAGCGAAUUGAAAAAAUUUAAAUAUUGUACAACAGAUUUCAACAAUGAAUUGGGAAUUAAUUUAUAUUUAUAUGAAUUUAUACCAUCAAUGCGUUUACUAAUGAAAAAUCCAUUAGUAAAAUAUGAAAACUAUUUCAAAGAUAUUAUGUUUUACGCAAAAUCAAUAUACAAAUCACAUCUAAUGAGUUAUGAUCAGCAAAUUAGACGCGAUUUUUGCGAUAUACUAAUCGGUGCCAAACACGAAGCUAUUGCCGAUGAUAAGCAAACGGCACCGUAUUUUACAGAUAAUAAUCUAUCGACGGCUAUGAUUCAGAUAUUUUUAGUUAGAUUAUGUUGA